AGAAACAUGGUCUGACUUCCUACCUAACUAUAUAAAGAGGAACUGAAAGUUAAAUGCAGCUAACGUCCUGUUUUAAGCCAAGCACUUCCAUAUUAGAGUUAUACUGUGUGUCAACCACUGAGACAAGGUGUUCAUCUUGAAGUUGUCAGUGUUAUCUUACUGAUGAUUCUCAUCUUAAUCCAAGUACAGCAAAGACAGUUUCUUGUUCUUUUGAAAGAGAUUCAAGCAAACAGUCUUUUAUAUCUGAACCAAAUUUGAAAGGUUUACUAUGAAGCGAGACGAAUGUGUUAGUGAUGUAUGUCGAGAUUAAAGUCAGAGUUUGCCAUCUUAUAAAAGUGUCUCUCUUGUCAUCAUAGCAGCCUUUUCUGAACACAUAACCUAAAAUGAUAAAGUAUGCAGUUAUUCACGCAUUCCUGACUUUAACAAUGCUGAAUGGUGUGCGAAGAAACAAAUUGAGCAAUGAAAAUAAUGAAGUACAUGGUACAGUAGCAUUAACUUUCCUAACUGGCAGCUUUUGAAUUGUGAUCUGAAUGCAAUGUUGUGCCAAACACAUUUGCCUUUCCACAAUGAGCUCUAUUAAUUCUUAACAGGCCUCUUGUCUUCAAAACACCAGUUCAUUAAGUCAUUUCCAGGUGGAGCUCCUGCAUGCAUUCAACCAGCAGUUGCUGAUUUUGGUGGUUUGCUUUAAAAACUGUGUAUCCUGUCCAUGACAAUUUUAACGUGGUUGACACUCGCCACUUCAGAGACACAGUAAACCAUUACCAGCUCAAGUACAGAACUUCCCACAUAAUAUGUCUGUUAACACUUAAAUAUCCAACAAAUCCACUAAGAGAGCUGAGGAGGGCGCCAGACAGGAUCACCCACCAGCCACAGUGCAGAAGCCACAGGGGGCUGCAAUAACGAGCCCACAGGCUCCACCUGCAGCCAGCUACGCCAGAGCGGAUCGAGCCCUGGGUCCAGAGACCCCAGAUUCCGAGAGCCAUCCACACCCCGGAAACCAGCAACAUGCCCUGUCUCCAAAGAAACGGGGCAGCCUUUUACUAAAAGACUUGCAGUAAAAUAAAGUUGAUUAGACUUAUGCAACCACAUGAUUUUAUUUUGGUAGCAACAAUGGUGUUCCCCCAUCUGCAGCUGAACAAUGACUGACUUUUCCUAGAACUGCAAUCUCCAGCAUGUAGCAGCAGGGCAUUUAAACCACUGUGUAGUGCCUGUAAUUCGUAUAUCCACAUUUACGAGUAGAAGGGUGAUGACCUGUUCUGUUUAUUUAGAAGAAGAAAUGCCAGUUUUAUUUGAAAAAAUGCAGGAAUUCAGAGGAAGCCCAGAUGUCCCAAUUUUCCACUCAGUUUAAAUAUGUGGAUUUGUGUGAAGUUGACAUAGUGAAAUUUUCUUCUCAAAAUACACAUGGGCAUGUGAUGUCAUCUGUGCAUAGCACGGGAAUCAUGCACAAGCAUUUAAAGUUCUGAGAGAGAAAAGAAUUACACACGUUUUUAGACAUUUGUACAAAAUGAGCUUUUUGAAAGCAAAAAUCAUCAGAAUUGUAAAGCUGAGCUUAAAAUAUUGUGUAAAUGAUUACUAUUUUUCUUUCCUCCUUUCUUUUUCAUUUUUUCCACAGUAACUGGUUUCACUAUCUGUGACUGACAGGCAGGAUUGUCAGGACUGUCAGUCAAACACUGGUCCCAUUCUGUGGAGGUAGGGCAGGCUGCAGAAUGGUGGACAGACAAGUAAUGUGAGGUUUCUGGAUCAGCUGAGAGGAGAGGUGUAGUACUAUGAGGUGAGGUGGGUUAUUUGCCUAGCAUGCAUUUGCCUUUUGUCCUCUUCCUUGUUUUUUAAGGGGGUAUGGAGCUGGUUUGACACGGUCACACACCCUGACAUGGGAAGAAAGACAAUGGACAACUGAAAACAAGAGAUAUAGAAGAGAUUUAUGUCUUUCACCUGCUGAGUAGACGUCUCUUAACUCUACUUCAAGCUCUUCACACAAAGAACAAAGCCAUUAUUAUGUUAAAUUCCAUAUUAGAGUUAUACUGUGUGUCAACCACUGUGACAAGGUGUUCAUCUUGAAGUUGUCAGUGUUAUCUUACUGAUGAUUCUCAUCUUAAUCCAAGUACAGCAAAGACAGUUUUUUGUUCUUUUGAAAGAGAUUCAAGCAAACAGUCUUUUAAAUCUGAACCAAAUUUGAAAGGUUUACUAUGAAGCGAGAUGAAUGUGUUAGUGAUGUAUGUCGAGCUUAAAGUCAGAGUUUGCCAUCUUAUGAAAGUGUCUCUCUUGUCAUCAUAGCAGCCUUUUCUGAACACAUAACCUAAAAUGAUAAAGUAUGCAGUUAUUCACGCAUUCCUGACUUUAACAAUGCUGAAUGGCGUGCGAAGAAACAAAUUGAGCAAUGAAAAUAAUGAAGUACAUGGUACAGUAGCAUUAACUUUCCUAACUGGCAGCUUUUGAAUUGUGAUCUGAAUGCAAUGUUGUGCCAAACACAUUUGCCUUUCCACAAUGAGCUCUAUUAAUUCUUAACAGGCCUCUUGUCUUCAAAACACCAGUUCAUUAAGUCAUUUCCAGGUGGAGCUCCUGCAUGCAUUCAACCAGCAGUUGCUGAUUUUGGUGGUUUGCUUUAAAAACUGUGUAUACGGUCCACGACAAUUUUAACGUGGUUGACACUCACCACUUCAGAGACACAGUAAACCAUUACCAGCUCAAGUACAGAACUUCCCAGAUGAUAAUUUAACAAAUACUUGGACAUUUGCAGUGAUCUACACCAGGGGUGUCAAACCUAAUGCCUGGAGGGCCAGAAUCGGCCUGACAGAGAUUCCAUUCACAGGCCACUUAUUUCUUUAUGGCAUAGAUACAAGUGCUGGAAACAUUUCUCAGAGAUUUUUGUCUAUAUUGACAUGAUAGCAUCAUAGACCUGCUGCACAUCCAUGAUGUGAAUCUCCUAUUCCACCACAUUCUAAAGGCGUACUAUUGGUUUGAGAUCUGCCGAAAGUGGAGGCCAUUUGGUUACAGUGAACUCACUGUCAUGUUCAAAAAGCCAGUUUAAGAUGAUCUGAGCUUUGUGUGAGUUUCCAACAAUGUCAUGACUGGUAGUCAAGACAUCACAGACCAUAUUGGCUUGGACAGCUGGAUUUAUUGCUGGAUAUUUUUUAAAAAGGUCACCAGCUCUCCUCACGGAUGAAUCUUCAUUCCUCCGUUGUUCAUUAAUGACUGCUGGGAACUGCUGCUUUCUGAUGACAAGAGGCUACUGAAUGUUUAUUAUAAUGUCUCAACUGCAAGUGCCACAGCCUUAAAUUAAUUUUUAUGACAUAUUGUUAUUAAUAAUUAAUACAUGUUUCUGUGUAUUAUCAUCUCCUUGUACCCGUUUACAGGUAAGAGCCAGCAGCAUGUGCCUGUGCACGAGUAUUCUGAGAACCUGAAGGAGAUGACCAGGUUUCUGGCCUCUGCUGGUGUAACUGCUGACAGAGUUAUAUUCAUCACACCUCCCCCCUUGCAUGAGCCAUCCUGGGAGAAAGAGUGCAUUCUUAAAGGAUGUCCUCUCAAUCGCCACAACUCAGUAGCGGGGCAGUAUGCCCAGGCGUGUGUCGAAGCUGCUGGUCAGUGUGGUGUAGAUGUCCUGGAUCUCUGGACACUCAUGCAAAAAGAUGGACAGGACUACACGGUCUACCUGUCUGAUGGGUUGCAUCUCUCAGAGAAAGGAAACCAGUUUGUGGCCCAGCACCUGUGGAGGCUGCUGGAGAGCCAUGUGGCUGACCUGCCCUUCAUCUUGCCCUACUGGGGAGACGUGGACGCCAAGAGCCCCGAGAGCAGCCUGCUCUGUGAUCAGUGA